UGUGAAAGCAAAAGUAGUGGCUAACGUGAGGCGUGAAGCAGGUUCUCUAGGAGAGGGGAAUAGAUUAAUGGACUUGAUUAUCCAUCGAAUCUGGUAAUAUUGAUUUGGCCACAGAGAAUUUGAUACCUACGCUUUUUAAGGAUGUAAAAGUGCUAAAAUACAAGAGAAGAAAUAGCUGACAAAGAUGGCAUCAGCUAGUGCCAUAUUAAAGAAUGGAUCAGUAUAUAAUGGUCUAGUUGAUAUAAUGCUGGUGUUAGGUAUUGAUGAAAAUACAGGAUUAAGACCAGUCGAUGAAAUUGAAAAGUUCACAACAAAAGAGAUUUUUGAUAAUUUAUAUUAUCAGGAUUUUGAAGCACCCGUCCUGGCAGCCAUUACUGGGAAUAAAGCAUAUUAUUUCCAGCCAACUCUCUGGGAGGAUCCCCACUACCCUCCUGCACCAGACGAUUUACAUUCUGCAGAUGUCAAACAUUUCCAAUACAGACCUCGAUCAUAUAGUUUAGGUUCGAAAAUAAAGAAAAGAUCUGGUGUAUCGAGAACUGUAUCAAGUCAACUAGGUCAUCAACGUCGUCUGUCUAAUAAACGAACUUUACCUUUACCAGCCCCAGAUUUACCAGUCUCAGAGGAAAUGUUAAAUUCUAUUACCACAUUCUGUUUUCCAGAUAAUGCUAGAGCUUAUCGUCAAAAACCUGAGAAUGUCGUCCAUUUUCUAGUGUUUACGGAUAUAACAGGAAAAAAGACAUUUGCAACGUGUAUCACAUUCUAUAAACCUAUGAUCAUCUGGCAGGAUACAGAGUUUAACAUUCAUGUUGAUUUGGAUACAUCAGGUAAUCGAGGAGAGAAAUCGGAUCUGGUUUGUUAUUUACCACAAUGCUGUGUUCUUAUAUCAAAACAUCCAUAUUAUUAUUCCUUGAAGGAAUGUCUUUCAUGUUUGGUUGACCAUAUAGAACGUGAUGUAGAAGAAAUGUAUUCCUUUAUAAAAGAUUUUACUUAUAUCUUAUGUUUAACACCUGUUCCACCAUCAGGAAAUGUUCAAAUUGAAUUUAUGCUUUUCAAUCUACCUAUUACUCUACCUCCAUCAGAAUGGCCUGAUAAACCUGUGAUAAACGUUCCACUUCAUCUUGUGUUCCUGAUUUUCUCUGUUGAGGACGUCUUGAAGAUCAUAACGGCCAUGUUGACAGAAGAAAAACUAACUUUUGUUUCAUCUAGCUAUGCUUUAUUAACAGUUGUCAUGGAGAGUUUUUUGUAUUUUAUUUUACCGUUUAAUUGGAGAUAUUCUUAUGUGCCAAUAAUAACAGAUUCUUCCCUAGAUUUUCUGGAGGCUGUUGGUGCCUUUAUGAUGGGCUGCCAUAGUAAACAUCUAUCGGUAGUAAAACAGAUCAAUGAUAUAGUUGUUGUAAAUAUAGAUGACGGUACAGUCAGCAUUAACCAGUCUGACCACAAUAGUGAUUCUUAUUUGACUUCUGACACAAAUUGUUCAAGACUACCAUCCAUGCCCAAACAUUCUGUUAAUUUAUUUAAACAUCAUUUUACUCGUAACAAAUACCAAAGAGACCUGGCUGAUGUAUCAAGGCCGUUUCCAUUAAAGUUUGAAGAAGAGAAGAACCAUAAUAUGAAACAGAUACAGAUAUUUAAUGGAGAAAUUAGUUUUGCAUGUUUGGAAUUGAUGGUCAAUUUAUUUAGGGGAGUGAUUGGAGAACUGAAAAUAGAUGUUAGACAUUUUAAUAAGGUUGGCUUCCUAGAAACAGUUUCUGAAGAAAGUCGACCAUUUUAUGAAAAGAUCUUACCUACAUCUAUAUUUCGAGCGUUUUUAGAAGAUCGUCUGAAUGAGAAACAAGAUUAUUGGUCAGAAUUAGAAUUAAAAUCACGACCUGUAGCCAAACGUAUGAGUUUAACUGGUGAUAGAUUUCAACUCACUACAAAAUCUCGUAAGCCGUUAAAUAGACAUGUGUCAGUGUCAUGUUUUUCUGUAUUCAACAGACAAGAAUUUGAGACGUUUUAUUUACCGAGUCUCACUACUGUUAACAUGUAUGUCCGUAAAUGCAUCGAGAGUAUUUCAUGUAGAAUUGAGAGUAGUCGUGAUUAUACAGCCAGAUGUUCUUAUCGUUAUUUACGAGCUAUGUUUCGUGCCGCAGCAGGCAAUUACGUACAGGCACUGGAGGAUCUUUUCAACCUUCCGACUGGAUUCACUAGUCUACAACCCAAAGAUUUAAUUCGUGGUAUGAUAGAUGUACUAGGAGAGAAAGAUAAAGAAGAGUUAUAUAAACAGAAAGGUUAUAAACAACAGUUAGAGAGAUUACUCAACGAAGAUGAAACAGUCAAACGUCUACCUAUAAAACUAGAUAAAGAAUGUCCUGAUCACGACUUGUAUUUAGAUGAGUUUUUAGAUAUCGUAUCUUUACAUGAUAUGUCCACAGAUUAUGAUAUAUCUACUACACUGUUUGACGCUCUCAAGACUAUCAACUAUGUAGAUCAGUAUACUUAUGAAGUAUUUGAUUUAUGUUAUAUGGAGAAUCAGAAGAAUUGUUUAACAUGUCUAGCAAGUUUAACAGAUGAUGUUCUUGGUACAGACGAGAAUAUUCUUCAAAUUUCACCACUUAUUAAAACUGAUUAUGGUACAGGACGUGUAGGUCUCACUGAUAAAAGGUUGUUCUUCCUGAAAGAUGGAUCUAAUGCAUUUAAAGAAUUGAUCCGACUACAUCGUAUAGCCAGACUAGAAAAAACACAACUUCAUUCCUUCCUUAAAGCUGUUGAUGCUCUUACCAUACAAAAUGAAGAUGGCAGCAUAAAGUUUUCUAUUUGGUUAAAAGCAGAUCGUAAUUGCUGGUUUCUGCUCAUACAGGAAAUGAUGUGUGGUAGACGUGUUGCCAUAGCAACUAAAGAUCAUUCUGUUACACAUCAGGCUGCACAAAACGUUCUUCUGAUUGAUGCCGUUGUAAAAAGUGGAUUAUUUGAGCAGACGGCUCAUUAUAAUCGUAUCAAUGAUUCGGCUGAGUCACUGUGUUUCUAUUCGCGGUAUGUAGCUGAAGAACGCCAUAUUUUACCUAGCAACACUUUAUCAGCUCUACAAAAACGAGUUGAUCCUUGUCAGGGAGAGAGACAAAGAACAACAGUGGAAGCAUUGCUCUACACUCCAGGAUUUAAUACGGAUGAAGAAGAAAUUCCCCCUAGAUUGUGGUGUGGUAUGGGGGACAAAAAGAUCAGAAUAUUUGAUGCCUCAACUUUCUUAUUGGAAGCAAAUCAUAUUACAACCAAAAAUAACGUGAUAACAUUUGCUUCUGUUGGUGAAGAACAGGUGUGGGCAGGUGCUCUUGGAAUAUAUAUCAUAGAUACAAAAACUAUGACAACCAGUAAAACAUUAACAGAUCAUAAAGACCUUGUUAGCUCUAUAUAUCUUACUGAUGAUAAAAGGUACGCAUUUUCAGCAAGUUUAGAUGGUGUUAUUAUAAAGUGGGAAAUACCAUCAUUAAAAACAUUACAAGUCCUACACCUGGAGGAUAAACUUUGUUUACGAUCCUUAAAACUAGCAGAUGAUAAACUGUGGUGUGGUACAUGGGAAGGUAUACAUGUAUUUAAUGAGACAGGUUCCUGGUUAACCAAGUUAGAUUUUCAAUCUAUUCCUAUUAAAGACAGUAAAACACAAGAAAUUGAAUGUUUCGAAAUUACACCCAAUGAGCUGUGGGCUGGAUUAAGACGAAAAGGUAUGAUACUGAUAUGGGAUAGAGAGAGUAAAGAAUUGAAAACUACAAUACGAUUGGGUGCCAGAGGCAUCAGUACUCUAGUAUUGUCCAAUGAUAAGAUGUGGGUAGGCACCAAACAAGGAGAAAUACAUAUAUAUAGAGCCAAAGAACAUAAAUUAUGGAAGAAACUGACAGCACAUCAUGAUGCAAUACGAUCUAUGUGUCGUGCUGAAGAUAGGUAUAUCCUAUCAGGUGCAUGUAGUAAGGAUGGAAAAGUUGCUAUCUGGAGUCAAACUCUGUCUGUAGAUUCCGGUAGUUAUGAAAACACACAGUUAUAGCCACAGUUCUUGUUUACAUGUCAGUCAAAUUACAGUGGAAUAUUUUACAGACUUUAUAACUACAAAUAGAUGUAUAUAAUACACUUAUAGAUUGAUUUAUAAAUUAAAACAUUAAUAUUGUCAUAAUCUUUUUUUAAAAAAAGUCUUGUAAACAAAAUAUGCCAAAAAUAGACUGGCUGCCAAUUAGUAGUACAUAUAAACUAUAAAUUUAUGUACAGCUUAAUCAAUACAAUGUCCAUGUAAGUUAUGUUAUCUGUUGAGUAUGAGGUAAAACCACAAGUAGUUUUAUCAGUGAAAUUAGUCAACCGGUGAAAUACAGUGGUCAAUACAUGUACCAAAUGCUGUCAAGUGUGACAAUAAGCUGUGGGAAUAUGUGAUCAUAUCAGGUGCUCCAGAUGAUAUUUAUUUGCAGAGUUUACGAACAUUUCAAAUGAUGUACAAUCAAAAUGUUUGAUUCAAUUUAAAGGACAAAUUCUCCCGCAUGGCAUCCUUUUUUACACAUCACUAGACCCCUUAGAGUUAGUUCCCUUAAGACUUAUUGUCCACCAUGAUUACGAACAUUUGGCACCUCAUCAGCAAAACACAUAACUAAAAUUUAGAAUAACAUAAGUGUUGAUUUUAAUCUCUCAAGUUAAUAUACAACAGAUAAUGAUAUGAUGUAUAUUCAUGCCUGGAUUUUUUAAACUAAACAUUUAUGUUCAAAAUUAAAUAACCCAUGUUAUGUGGAGUUCAUUUACCAGUAUGUUUAUUUUUACUUGUUGAAUUGUUUUUUACCAUAAAAUACAUAUUUUAACCAGUACUCGAGUUAUAAUGAUGCUCACAUAAUUUAAAAAAUUAUAAAUGUGAUUUGAAAAAUUAUGAUGUGAUUUGAAAGAUUAUAAAUGUGAUUUGAAAGAUUAUAAGUGUGAUUUGAAAAGUCAUGUAAUCACUUUAGAAUUGUUAGAAUUUCGACGGGUGUAAAUAAAAUGCUCAUUUCAGGUUGUGUGGGGAAACCUACUAACAAUUGUCAAUCAAAGGAGAUAUAACAUUCACCAAGAAAAUAAAUAUCUCAAGUUAUGUAACGUAUAAUCAAAUCACAUUGAAUCAAAAGUUAUUUUUUUACAAACCUGGGAAUACUUCUAAAUUAAGAGCUGAUGUCUCUAUAAAUUAUUGUUAUACUUGUAAUUGUUUAUUAUAUAUAAUGUUAUAUUAUUAUUUAUGUAAUUUUAUCAUAAAAAACAUCCCAAGAUUGUGAGAGACAGUUAAAUAGUUUUUAAUGUUAACAAAAUUUGUCUUAAAAGUAAGUAUGUGAAUGUAAUUUUAUCAUGAAACAUCGUAAGAUUGUGAGAGACAGUUAAAUAGUUUUUAAUGUUAACAAAGUUUGUCUUAAAAGUAAGUAUGUGAAUUGUGAAGAAGAAUAUUUAAAAAAAAGGUUUCAAAUAUAUGACCCUUUUUCACAACGAAUAGGAUUUAAGGGAAAAGAUAUAUCCGAAAUUAAAACUAAAAUAGCCUUCAUUGGUUGUAUUUAGAUGACAUAUUUAACAAUAAUUUCAGUUUUGUUUGUAUAGGGAUUUCAUUAAUUUGUUCUUGGUAUGGUUUCUGUUGGAAGUUGGAGGUCAGUAUAAUUAUGCAAGAUGAAAAUAAUAUAAUGAAUGUUUGUUUUCUUUUCCCAAGAUGUUAGUGAAAAUGUAAUGAAUGGCUUUUUUCUUUCCCCAAAAUGUUAAUGAAAAUAUAAUGAAUGGUUGUAUUCUUUUCCCAAAAUGUUAGUGAAAAUAUAAUAAUGGUUAUUUUGGGAUUUUGUUACUGUCUAAGUUUAUUUUAUAAAUUUUACAACAUUAAUUUUUAUUAAUUUUUUGGCAGUGUUUUAAAUGGCCCUUGCUCUCUUUAUAUACAUCUGAUUUACUUUGAGCUUAUGUUCUUUUGUUUUGAUUAUAACAUUACAACAAUUACCCAUGAUUAUUUUUAUAGAAUCUUGUCAAGGCUUCAAUUAUAUUUUGAGUUUUAUUUGCAUAUGCUAUCAUAACACGACAACAUUUAUGGACGACUGAGGUGCUAUUGGUGUAUGUUUUGUUUGUCUGGCAAACUAUCUGUAAUAAUCGAAUAAAGAACUUAUUGUUUUAUUAUGAAGAAAGUAGAAGUGUGAUUGUAUUUCUUACUUUAAGGAGAAGUUCACCCAUUACAGAUGUAUAUAAACAAAGUGGGUACAUGCCAUAAUAAGUCUUUCUUAGGGUAUUCAAUUUUUUAGUACAAAAAGUAGCAAUUAUUGUGUAAACACAUGGAUUAGUUCAUAAACAAUGAAUGACAGUUACCCUGAGGACUUUUGAUUCUGCAUUAUGAAAACUAUUUUGAUAAUGAAUAAAAUAUAAAAAAUCUGAAAUGGUUGGACUUUUCCUUUAAGCAGAACCAAGUGGUUUAGGAGGUUCUGCACCUUUCCUUCCAAUUCUGAAUAUAAGUAGUUGUUAGGUCAUAUUUAAAUGAAUAUAUAUUUGAUAGUUUUAUUUAUCAGGUAAUUUGAGUGCUCUAUUGAAGGGGUAAUUAAGAUGAUUUUAAGAUAAUAUUUAGAUGAUUGUUUUGUUAAAAUAUUUAUAUAUUUAUGUUUUUGUUUACUAAUAUCAAAUUGUGUUAACAAUAAUAAACUAGAGC